UCCGGUGAUGUUCAAAUUUCUAGUUUCACAAGAAGAAAAUGAUUUCUCACUGGGGCAUCGUACUUCUCUUCGCACUUGGCAUGAAUCUGUCGUCUGAGAUCAUGGACAUGGAAAUUCUACUGGAGUUCAAGCAAGGCAUGUUGCAAAGCAAUUCUACCUUUUCUAACUGGCAUGAAGGAAGCAAGGAUGGGAUUUGCAGCUGGAGAGGCAUUAGUUGCAAUUCUAAACGCCAAGUAGUGUCCAUACAUCUAUCCUCUGUGGAUCUUGAUGAAGCCUUGGUGGGAACUCUCACGCCAAGGCUUGGGCAGCUUUCAUAUCUUUCAGAGCUCGAUCUAUCGUUUAACAAAAUAACGGGGCAAAUUCCUACCACCCUCGGAAAUUGCUCCUCACUCACAGAGCUCAACUUGAGAGGGAACCAAUUGACUGGCCAUAUUCCAGCAACAUUAGGGCAGCUCCAGAAUCUCACUGAGCUCUGGCUAUCUGAUAAUUUCUUGAGCGGGUCUAUUCCAUCGAGUGUUGGGAACUGCUCCAAGCUGCGGUUCCUCAGUCUGGAAAACAACACCUUAACGGGCUCUAUAUCUCCAUCGCUGGGUAAGCUCAAGAAAUUGGAAAGUUUAUCACUUUUUACAAACAAUUUGGAGGGGCUUAUACCAAUCACUCUUGGAAACCUUUCGCACCUCACAUUUCUAGACAUGUCUGACAACCUUCUAUAUGGCCCAUUACCUGGCUCUUUUGCUGGUCUUCGUAGGCUAAAGUGGUUGGGACUAUCGCGAAACUAUUUUCUCAAUGGAUCGAUUCCUUCGGAUGUUAUGGUGGGCAUGCCAUCUCUAACGCACCUAGAGCUCCAUUACAACAACUUUACAGGAAACAUUCCCAUGUUUAAUGCGUCUUCUCCUGUUGUACUACUUCGCUUGGACGUUAACAGCCUGACAGGAAGCAUUCCGCAUUCAAUCACAGAGAUCAAGGCUCUCCAGCAAUUGCACCUCAACAAAAACUAUCUAGAUGGAAGCAUUCCAAAAGGCAUUAGCCAGCUGGAUCGUCUUGAGAUACUUGACUUGAGUGACAACUAUCUCAGAAAUGAAGUUCCUCCACUCGACAAAUGCACCAAUCUUGGCUAUCUCGACCUCCACAGAAACUUGAUACGGAGCAAAAUGCCAACGUUUGGUGCAUGCACUAACCUUGUUUACUUGGAUCUCUCAACGAACGAGUUCCAGGGAGAGAUUAGCUCAAGGCUAGGGAAUUGCUCCCAGCUCAAGGUUGUCAACUUUGCGCAGAACAAUUUCACGGGUGAGGUGCCUACACGCUUCACAGCAUGCAGCUAG